GGGGUUCCAUUUGGAGCUGCUACGUUCAUGACAGUGAUGAAAUGACCGUAGCGCCGCGUAGCGGUAGAUUCUUCCAUUUGUCGACCAUUUGUAAACAUGUCUCCACCAACGGCAAAGAAGUCUAAGGGACCGACCAUAAAGAAACAGGCCCUUCGGGGUAAGGGUCAAAAGAAAAAGGUAUCCCUUAAAUUCACUAUUGACUGUACUCAUCCGGCAGAAGAUAACAUUAUGGAUGUAGCCAAUUUUGAAAAAUAUCUGCAUGAAAGAAUUAAGGUUGCAGGGAAGACAAACAAUUUUGGUAACAGUGUAACCUUGGAAAGGGAUAAGAUGAAACUAUCUGUUAAUAGUGAUACUGACUUCUCAAAGCGAUACCUUAAAUAUUUGACAAAAAAAUAUUUGAAAAAGAAUAAACUGCGUGAUUGGCUACGCGUUGUGUCAAAAGAUAAAGAAACCUACGAGUUAAGGUACUUCCAAAUUAACAGCCAAGAGGAUGAUGACGAAGAAGAUGCAGAAUAAAGUUUACUUUAAUUCUAUAUGCAAUUACAGAAUUAUCUGUACAUAUUUCUACAAAUAAAUAAAACAAAAAGUUUG